AUCGCGACAUCCGACCUUUGGGAGCUGGCGAAGGAUCGCCGGCGCCUGCAGUGCUUGCUAUCCUACAUAGCUGAGAAGUGUCUCCUUGCCUCUGACCUUAUUGAACCUGACCUUGUAGAGCCUUUGUAUCUUGCCCGUGUACAUAUUCGGAAUCAGGGUUCACCUAUCUUUGAUACGACUCUUCGAUUCACACUUUCAGCUCUCUGGAACCUUACUGAUGAAUGCCCAGAUGCUUGCCUCGGCUUUGUGCAGGAAUGCGGAUUACGUAUAUACGAGAAAAUGUUGGAGCAUAGAACAGCUUUUGGACGGCUUCCCUAA